AUGGUCGCCUCAACGACCGGUACCACCAACGCAAGGAGCGAGGCCGGUCGCGCGACCUCGCAGAGUCCUGUCGUCGAGCAUUCAGCGAGUGGUCAGCAGGAAGGGAAUACACCAGACAACCUUGGUUCGCGCCAAGCAUCAGAUCCCACAAACGAUACGUUGCAGGCAGGAAUCUCCACGCCGUCUUUGGGCGACAUGAGCUCAGCGCUCGCGGCGUGGGAAGACCCGUCAAUCCAGGGAUGGGGAUAUGGGCCUCCAGAGCCACACCAACCCUCGGGGUCGCCAGGAGAGACCAGUACAGGCUCUGCUGUGCUCAACAAUACCUCCACAUCCGCCACCCUAACUAUCACUAUCUUCGACGAGACGCUCUACUUCGACCCCCCGCAACCUCCAGUACACCUAGGGCCACCGCACGUGUGCCCUAUCUGUGGGCGGCGAUACAUGAGGUACGUUCCUUCAAGAUCAACAUGCGGGGACGAAAAGCUUCGUGGAGUAUACGCUGGUGCUGAGCACUUGAACUCAAUCGCAGACCGAGCUGUCUCUCGACACACAUGA